UUUUGAGUGCACCAAGUGUUUGCUAUGUGCUAACACCAAAACUACUACUGGAGGAAAAUUGUAUCGCGGCAAGUUUAAAUCAGUAUUAACAUCCAAGUGUCAUUUAAAUUCGUUGCUCGAAACACUCAUUUGUUUACCUCACAGUCAAGUCAGCAAUGUACAUAUACCCAUAUUACAAGUAAUGGGCCAAAAUAUAUCUUUGUACGUCUUAUCAUUGAUCGACAAGCAAAUUUAUUCUGUACAAAAUGUAAUGGAUGCUGAAUAUCCUAGAAAUAUUAAAAAAGUUCGAGAUAGAGGUAUUGAUAAAACUCUUAAUCUAUUUGGCCAUGUUGAUGUAAGCGAGACAAAAGACAAAAGAAACUGUAAGACCUACGAUUUCUGAUAUGUUUCUGUAGUAUAUAAUAGAGAGAAUUGAAGAAGACAUAAAAAACUAUUCGCGCGAUACAAGCAACAAGAUGAAGAAAAUAACAGAAAGAGGAAGCCAUAAUCGUAAAUUUAAAGCUGAAGCGUGGACUUCUGAGGUGGAAUGGGAACCUCACCUCUCUAAAGAAUAAUAGGAGCUUUCAGCUAUAUUUCUGAAAGUAUUAAAACCUCUUUCUACACCUUAUUCAUAACC